AUGUUCUAUAAACUGUUUAUCAUUGUCGCUAUGCUGGCAGGAGCCCUGGCUGCUCCAUCUCCUCAAUAUCUGACGUAUACAGCAGGCUUGGACUACAUUUAUCCUGGAAAUGUUCCAUCUGCUAUCUCGCCGUAUUCUUCAUCAUUCUACCCUCUUUCAUAUGGUGGAUAUCCUACAGAAUACUACCUGCGCAGAAAAUAA